GUCGUAGCUCCUUCUCCUGAACUUGGUCGUACUGAGAUUGUUUCCUAUGCGCGGUCAGUUUCUUGCCUUUUCCUGUAUUACCUCAAGCGUUCGACUUAACGCCUGCUUAUAUUUGUCAAUGACUCUUGCACACCCGUUUUAACUGCUUCUUAGCCCUAGAAGUGAGGAAGUGCCCCCAGAAACUGCAACACAGCGAUCCCCACAGUACCUUCCCUCCUGUUAACUUACUUACUAGCUUUACGUGUCUCUUUCUUUCCUUCCUGAGCAUCUCUGUAUCAGGGAACUUGCUUCGGACACUACAGAUGCUACUGUGCAGAACAAGACCAUUAGUUCGCAGAAAGCGAAGCCGAAGAAACCAUCUGCUAAGAAGAAGAAAACUGGAAGUCCAAGUGUUGCGCGUCGUCCUGCAGUUACUCUUGCAAAAACCGAUGUUCCAAUAUCGUCCCUUGAGAUCCCUACUGGACAUCCUUUGCCAACCGAAUCGGCGAAUCCUGACUCUGGAAAUCUUAAUGGCCUCGGUGUCAAUUUGCAGACAACAACACUUCAGCCUUUGUCACAGCAAUCUGUGUCUAUACAUCCUGCACCUGUACGUCGCCGUCGCUUGGUUGUUUCUUCUGAUGAAGACGAACCUGUUGUCCCUUUGGAAUUGCAAGACUUGGACGUUGAACUUCCACUGCAAGAACAGGCUAUUGAAAACUCUUCGACUUGUCCUGUUCCUACCGUUGACUCUGCUUUGCCUUCUCCUCUUCUUGCUGGCCAAGAAGUUCCGCUACUUCCAGUGGGGAAAACUAAUCCUGGGAGGGCAAAGCGAAUUAGGACACCGUCUGCAAAGGCCAUUGAAGCAUCUGUGGAUGCCUCUAAGAGGAAGCCAAAAACUCCAAAGUCGUCUGCUAAGGAACCUGCUAAGAAGCAACUGUUUGCUGAUUGACCAU